AUGUCGCUUCGACUUAAGAAGUCGAAUUAUGCGAGCAAUUUGAAAGUCGGAUUGACGGCUGGGAUUGUUGUUGUUGUAGGAGCAGGGUUGAUCUUGAACACUUUUCCUCAUUUAAAGACCUCAAUCUACAAUUAUGUAACGGGAGGAGAAGACACGCUGGAAGAUGAAGACGAAAAGGAAUUACAAGAGCGUCCAGUUGUCAUAGAAAGUGAUUAUCAAGUAGUUAAUGGUGAUGGCGAUGGCGAUGCGGGCAGUGGAAAAACCGUUGAGUUGUUUCAAUCUGAAAAAGCAUUCAAUACAGAUUUCAUCAACGAAACUUCAACUUGGAAUGAAUCACAGUUGAGAGACUGGUUGAAAAGUGUACGUUGAUUUUCUUUUUUUUUUUUUUUUUUUUCCUUUUCUUCACUUUGAGAUCAGGCUCGAUUGCACAUGAAGUUACUAACCGUAUACAUUCAUUUAGAGAGAAGUGUCUCCGCCUUCAAAUGCUAGUCGUGGAGAUCUUUUAUCUUUGGUCAAAGCCAUUGCAAAGAAUGUUGACAAGAUUUGA